AUGUCUUUCAACCGUGCAGUCAACCACAUUGCCAUAUCUUGUACGGAUCUCGAGGCGCUCACGAAAUGGUAUAUGCGAAAUUUUGGCUUCGAGCUCAUUGGAGCCGUCAGGCACUUUAAACGAUCAGAAGACCCCACGCCUUUCGAGACUAUCUUUGUUUCAUACCCCGACACCUUGAAGGAGCUGAAGUUUGCUAUCCUUACAGCUGGCAAUGGCGUGGGCCUAGAGCUAUUUCAAUUUAUCGACCCUGCACCGGCAUUUCGUGGCCAAGAAUUCGAAUUCACGAGACCUGGCUACUUCCACAUCUGCAUUACCGAUCCUGAUCCAGAAGGGUUGUUGAAGAACGUCAUCAGCGAUGGUGGUAAGCAGAUUGGCGACUGGAUGGAUUAUAGUAGGUACGGGUUAUAUGGCCAGAAGGGCGUGUAUAUGCAAGAUCCUUGGGGUAACACAGUUGAGGUCAUGUCGUUGAGCAUUGAGAGAGUCUGCUCUGCCGGCGGAGGCAUUGCGUGGUACAAGCAACAAGAACUGGAAAAGACUGGUAAAUUUUCGUGA